AUUCCUUCAACUGUCUUCAGAAGAGCAGCUGAACAACCUAAUCCAUCCAAAAUGAAAUUGAUCGUCGCUGUCGCAUUCUUGGCCGUGGCCCUCGCCGCACCUCAAGGAGAUAAGAAACCCAUCGAAAUUGUGUCAUCCAACAGCCAAGUGAAUGCAGAUGGCAGCUACUCAUUCGAUUUCGAGUCUGCCGAUGGCACCAAAGUGUCUGAAAGUGGCAGCCAGAAACAAGUUGGUCCCAAACCGGAGGAUAUCGGGACCGUGUCCAAGGGCUCCUACUCGUUCACGACUCCCGACGGCGUCGUCCUCACCGUCAAUUGGGUGGCCGAUGAAAACGGAUUCCAGGCCACCGGCGACCACCUCCCCACUCCUCCACCCAUGCCCGAACACGUCGUCAAGAUGCUCGCAGACCUCAAAGCCGCCGGAGUCCUGUAAAUCAUUGCACAUUAUUUAAUUUCAACCAGAUGUACAUAACGCUGCAUAAGAGCAUAGCCUAACCCAGGUGACCCCAGGAGAGAUAGCAGGGGGGACUUCUUCAUUUUCUACACUCUAUGGAUUCUAUGAAACAGUGGUGAAGGAUUAUCCUGAAAGGAAACAAUGGUUUGAUUACUUGUCAAUAAAUUUCGAUGAGAAAAGCAAUAGUACCUCAGAUCAAUCAAAUUUAGAUAGUCAUAAUUUAAUAUUCAGGUGGUAGUUACCAAAUCUUCUAGAGCUCCAAUCAUUCUGUCAAUUGUCUAUAAAAUGGGAGCACAUAGAAUUGAAUCUUACAAAAAGAAUGCAGACAGACCGGUUAAAAUAUGAAUCAUUAUCAUUGAAGUUAAACUAUAAUUACCUCUCUAUAACUAUCCGAUCGAAGCUCAUUGGUAAAAUUGGUGUUUCAUAAAAGACUUGAAUUCCAGUCGCUGCUGUCUGUUGCAUCAUGUCCUUUUACUCAUUUACUCAUCUUGCAAGGUCCAGCAUGGAAUCGCAAGUAACUCCACCUAAAACAAUAUUGUCCAAACAGAAAGUGUACAUCAGAUUUCAUCCACCUGAACACAACCAUUUUUCAAAUAGGCUACUGACUAAUAUCCAAAGCAACUCAAACAUGUCUUUCAGAGAGGUUCUUUACCUUAGUGUAUACAGUGUAUACAGUGUUUGACUCAAAUUUAAUUAAUGCUAAUUACGUUAAUAACGGUUGCAAUCUUCUGACAUGCUACUGAUUACUCGGUAGCAGCCAUUUUGUGAAUUCUAGUUUGUCACUUUGUCUGCCAAGAUUGAAAUCACUACAGCGUAUUGAAUCUAUUUUCCUUUACACUUUCAACUGAAUUCACUUUUUUUUUAAAGCAAAAGAACCGCUUAGAACGAACUUAUAAAACAAAGCAAAAGAAAAUUUAACACAACACAAACAGCAGCAUCAGCUAUGCCAGCAGCCAGCAGAAAACAGAUGAGUCACGGCGUCAGGCGGAUUAGGACACGCCUCUUUAAGGCGGGAAAACCAAAUUUUAAUUAGUAAACAGCAACCCAAUCGAAAAGAUUUCGAAAAAACUUUGAAGAUUGAAAGCAGU